AUGCAAAGCAUGAAAUUUGGCUUAAAUCUUCAGAAAAAGAAAGCCACCGGCACAAACCCCAUGCUUCGUCGCGCAAACGCAUUUGGUGAUGCCAGCGACGAUGACGAAGAGGAAGAACAGGAAGUGCAGGAUCAAAGCAAAAAAGCGCAAAAAGCAAAAGCCCAAGUCAAUCGACAGCUUUCCAGUUACAACACAAUGACCAAAAAGAUUGCUGAACAGCAAGCCAAAGCAUUAGAAGAAGAUCCCAACAUUUUUGAUUACGACGCAGUGUAUGACGACCUCAAGGAAGCAGAGAACAAGAAAAAGGAAGCUGUUAAACCCUCGUCCAAGAAGGCCAAAUACAUCACUGGACUAUUAGAGAUGGCAGAGAUUAGAAAGCGAGACCGUGUGCUUGCAGAGGAAAAGAAAGUGGCCAGAGAAAGAGAAGCAGAGGGCGAUGAAUUUGCUGAUAAAGAUGUCUAUGUCACUGAGGCAUUCAAGAAGCAAAAAGAGGAACUGGAGCGCAUUGAACGAGAAGAAAAGGAGCGCGAAGCAAUGGCAGACAAGACAAGAGGCAUGGAUCAGUUUUACAAACAAGUGCUGGAGAGAAAAGAGGCAGAGCACCAAGCCUUAAUGAAGGCUGUAGCAGAUAAAAGCAAGAAUAGAACAUCCGUAUCACAAUCAACGACAGCCGAUAAGGAGGAUGAUUUGAAGUUGGCAGAAAAAGCGAGCAAAGAAGGAAAGGAUGUCAUGGUCAAUGACAAUAACGAGAUUGUGGAUAAAAGACAACUUCUUGGUGCUGGCCUGAAUAUCAAGCCAAAGUUUGGCACGCUGGGUUCCUUGGCUGCAUCAGACGAUCGCAUCAAAGAGAGAAUGAACGAAUAUGAAGAAUACAAACGAAAGAAGGUGGAGGAAUACGAAUCCAGACGCAAGCAAGGCAAGAGCAGCGAUGAACGGGAACGACUCAGCAAGGAAGUGGAAAGACAAAUGAUGGAGGCUAAACAACGAGAAAAGCAAGAAGAAGAACGAAAGCAAAAGGAGUUUGAGGAGAAGGCCACUGCAAAACGAACAACAGAAGAUGCAGCCAUGAGCGCAAGAGAUCGCUACCUAGCAAGAAAGAAACAGAAAUUACAAGAGAAAUAA